CGUAUUUGCGCGACGCCAUUUCGUGCCUCGUCUGUUGGUCGGUGUCUGCUGCACGCGCUGGUACGGACUGUAUCCACAAAACAGUACAGCACCGAAUUUUAAUCAUUUUUAGUCUUAAACUCCCGCAUUUUUGAGCCACAUCAAUCCAAUCAGGCAGACAGACGACUCGACCUGAAAUACAGACAGAAUGGAACAUUCCCCAACCACCAGCAGCCUGAUGGCCAGCAACGUCACCAACAAGACCGAUCCGCGUUCGCUGAACUCCCGGGUCUUCAUCGGGAACCUCAACACCAUGCUGGUGACCAAGGCUGAUGUGGAGGCCAUCUUCAGUAAGUACGGGAAGAUCGUGGGUUGCUCUGUGCACAAAGGCUUCGCCUUCGUCCAGUACGCCAACGAGAGGAACGCCAGAGCCGCAGUCGCUGGUGAAGAUGGGCGGAUGAUCGUCGGACAGGUGCUCGAUAUAAAUCUGGCUGGGGAGCCAAAACCCCAUCGGCCAAACACUACUAAGCGCUCUGCAGGAGAUAUGUACAGUCCUUCAUUUGAUCUGGACUAUGACUUUCAGAGAGAUUACUAUGACAGGAUGUACUCGUACCCGUCUCGCGUCCCCCCUCCUCCUCCUCCUCCGCUCUCACGGCCGGUGAUUCCCUCCAAACGAGCGCGAGUGAGCGUGAGCGGUGGCAGCCGCAGGACCAAGAGCAGCUUCUCCUCUAAGAGCAGCCAGCGCACGUCCCGCACCAUGAGAGUUGAUGAUCUACAGACCAUUAAGAAGGAGCUGACUCAGAUUAAACACAAAGUGGACUAUCUGCUGGAGAGCCUGGAGCGCAUGGAGAGAGACCACAGCAAGAAAUCAGAGGUGAAGAGCUCUAAACCAGAUGAAGUGUCACCACAGCACUCCAGCAGCAAGAAAGAGCGCGAGAACUCAGAAAUGAACGACUAUGAGGACGAUGGAGACCUGCUGGAGGAAGAGGAGAUCAAGAGUCGAGGAAGGGAGGAUGAUGAUGAUGAAGAAGAGGAAGGUGAGCAGGAGGAAGGAGAGGACGAUGGGGACAGCGCCAACGGAGACCAUUCUUAAACACUGCAGACACAGACACGCAUGCAUGCUCACCGUGAGAUGUAGAGUAGAUCCUCUGACCUUCAACGCACACUUAGUUUUAUUUUAGAAGUCCAGAGCAAUAACUAAGACUCUGUGGAUCAUGAAAAUGACACUUUUUAGAGAAGCCGUGUAAACCCCUGACUCGAGCCAGCUUUCCAUGAGAUUGUGUAUUUCUUGAAUUUAAAACGGUUGAAUGCUUUGGAUUGAGAAAAUACUUUAGAUCGCAUUGAAAUAAAUCUCCUUCAUUGGUGUGACAUUGAACAAGUUUGCUGACAAGCCGUUUUAAAGAUUGGCAACCCAACAGCUCGAUUGUGUUUGGAAAUUUGGAGGAUGAACCACGUGCUACACGGCUAUCGGAUUUGACCAAACUAUCAGUUAUAGGUUGUGCUUAGAUGAAGGUUAAAGCAAAAAUAAGUAACCAGUUUCAUAACUUUUCAACCCCUAAGGCUAGCUCAGUAUUUGUCAAUGAUAAUUACCAUCCUGAACGACUAAUGUAGGUUUACCGUGUGGUUUAGUGAUUGACACGUUGAUGAGCCAAUCAGAAUGCAUCAAAUUUGGACAUUAGAGCUCUUAAAGAGACACUAACUUGUACGUUCAACCUUGCUAAUUGGUUUGCACCAACCAUACGCUGCCAAUAUAAACACAUUGGAUUGUCAAGCCAUUCCUUUCCCACUUCUGGCAGGUUCAGGUUGUUCUUCUCUGGUGUUUUUAAAGUCUUAGUCCGUUGCAUGACUUACGGUGGCGAUAAUGGUGGAUGGAAUUCGGGAACGUUCUGCUAUGUUCUUGAGGUCAUUCACUCUUUAAACCGGCCUGUGCAGAUUGAAAUUGCACAGACGCGCUCAAAUACGUCUGUCUUCACCAAUGCUUUCCAUGAUUCUUCUGGUUGUGAGACCCUUCUGUGCAGAUUUCUGAUCUUAAACGCUUGUUGUCGCCGUCUACUCCUACACAUACUAGACUCUCAUAAGAGUCUCAGAUUGUUUCCCAAAGCUCUUGGCAGACUAAAGUCCCCAAACCCUAACAAACUGAACCCAAUUGUUCUUAUUUGUGCGCUGGUUCAGCCACAGCAAUGCUCUUCUAGGACUUGUUUUGGGAAUAAAUGUAAAGUUACUCAUCCUGACCAGUGGGUGGCAGUGUGGCCCCGUUCUGUUAUUUAACCUCACAGAAAUACUGUUUGUUUGAUUGAACUGUUUUAUAUUCUGUAUGUGGGCACUGAGUGUGUGAGAAUAAGUUUGGAUUGUACAGUUAACGUGAUUUUACCCGUGUGUUUGUAUCUGUGUGCAGUGACACUAAGAGCUGAGUUUGCUUCUGGUAAAUACUACGUGUGUUUGUAGCCAUUUUGUUUCUAUUUGUUUUGUUUGUCUUCUGUUUGGUCUGUGUUAUAAGUUUCAAUAAAACUACAAAUGUUCAUGA